CCCCCACCCGUCGCCCCAAGACACGCCCUGUCGCCCCAGACACCCGCCGCCCUACCUCUCUGUCGCCGCCCGCCGGUUCGUCGCCUCUUCUCUCCGCCUCUCCACCUUCAGGUCCCGCCGGCCGCCGCCUCUCCGGCUAUCCGCCCUCAGAUCCCGCGGUCCCACUGCCUCUCCGCUCGCCGCCGCCGGCAAAUUCCUCUUUGAGAAUAUAUAAACACGUUAAGGAUUCACCGAAUUGGAUCCAUGGAUGGAUUCAUGAAGCUUUGUACACUCCUGCUGUACCGCCGGUAAAUUGACUAGCCGAGACAACCUGGCUGCUCUUACCAAGUGACGAUCUUUGGGCCGUCCGCCUCCUAGUCCUAGGCAGCCGGCACCCACCUACGCGGCGGCCACCAGCAGCGAUGGCUCUCAUCGAAGAAGAUGCGGCGCCAACCGCCGCCGCUUCCGAUCCGACCUCUGGCUCUAGUGAUAAUGAGAUAACAGUGGAAGAAGCUUCUUUUGUGCAUAAUGAACCUCCCCAGGAUGGCACUGCCCCACCCGUGGUUACCUCUGACAUGGAAGUUCUUCAUGAUAAAAUUAAGAAACAAGUCAUCAAAGAAGGCCAUGGCAAGAGACCCUUAAAGUUUGCGACAUGCUUUGUGCACUAUAGAGCAUGGGUUCAAGGAUCAUUGCAUAAAUUCGAGGAUACUUGGCAAGAACAGCAUCCGAUUGAACUAGUACUUGGAAAAGAGAAGAAGGAAAUGGCUGGUUUAGGCAUUGGUGUUAGUAACAUGAGAAGCGGGGAGCGUGCGCUGUUGCAUGUUGGUUGGGAACUAGGCUAUGGCAAAGAAGGAAGCUUUUCAUUCCCAAAUGUCCCUCCAAUGGCAGACCUUGUUUAUGAAGUUGAACUUAUUGGAUUUGAUGAUGUCAAAGAGGGGAAAGCCCGAAGUGACAUGACAGUCGAGGAGAGGAUUGCAACUGCAGACAGGAGAAAGAUUGAAGGUAAUGAAUACUUCAAAGAAAAGAAGCUUGAGGAGGCCAUGCAGCAAUAUGAAAUGGCAAUUGCGUACAUGGGAGAUGAUUUCAUGUUUCAAUUGUUUGGGAAGUACAGAGACAUGGCCUUGGCUGUGAAAAAUCCCUGCCAUCUCAACAUGGCUGCAUGCCUGAUCAAACUGAAGAGAUUCGAUGAAGCUAUCGCGCAGUGUAGCAUCGUGUUGUCGGAGGACGAAAAUAACGUGAAAGCAUUGUUCAGACGAGGAAAAGCUAAAUCCGAACUUGGCCAGACAGAAUCAGCAAGGGAGGACUUCCUGAAAGCCAAGAAGUACUCCCCAGAAGACAAGGAGAUCCUUCGGGAGCUUCGGUUGCUGGCUGAACAAGAUAAAGCUUUGUAUCAAAAGCAGAGGGAGCUAUACAAAGGUCUCUUCGGGCCCAGGCCUGAAGCGAAACCAAAGAAGGCAAACUACCUUGCUGUUUUCUGGCAGUGGCUGGUGUCAUUGAUUCACUAUCUGGUCAGACUGUUCAAACGCAAGAAUGAAUAGGAUAGUUUACCGGAAAAUUGUGUGGAAUUGAUGCUCACCUUGUACUACACGGCAGAAGUUUCUCAUCAGCUGUCGAUCAUUUGAUCUUGAAUUCGAUGCCGUCGGGGUCAAAUAUCGUUGUUAGAAACUCUUUACAUUGAUUUACUUUUGUGAACCUUGUAUAGGAGGCAUUGUUCGUAAGUACAGAAGUAACUUCCACCUGAAGUUUUGGAAGAGCA